AUGGGAAAUAUAUGCUUUCAUCUCUGCAUUUUGAUAUCCCUAGCUUCUUUUAAUUUCCUAGUUAAUUGUUUUGAUAUAGAAAACAAAGUGACAACAACUGUUUUUGUGUUUGGAGACUCCAUGUUUGAUCCUGGAAACAAUAAUUACAUAAUGAAUCCUUCAGCUUAUAAAGCAAAUUUUGAGCCAUAUGGAAUAUCAUAUUUUAAGCAUCCCACUGGCAGAUUUUCUGAUGGCCGCCUCCUCCCUGAUUUUAUCGCGGAAUUUGCAAAUUUACCAAUGAUUCCAUCAUAUUACCAAGCUCUACAUAACCAUUCUAUUAAUCAUGGAGUGAACUUUGCUUCUGCUGGUGCUGGUUGUCUAGAUGAAACAUACCGUGAAAAGGUGAUCCCCUUAAAUACUCAAUUAGGCAAUUUUAAGAUAAUAAGAAAAAAGUUGUUGGCACAACUAGGGGAAAAAGGUUCAAAGGCAUUGUUAUCCAAUGCAGUCUACUUGUUCAGCAUAGGCAACAACGAUUAUCUACGCCUUUAUGACAUUCCAGAUAUACCUUCAGACUCAUCUUGCUUAGCUUAUACAACAGAGCACGAAUACAUGAAUAUGGUGAUGGAUAGCCUCGUUACGGUCAUGAUGGAAAUAUACAAGUUAGGUGGGAGAAAAUUUGGGAUCCAGGAUUUGUUGCCUUUGGGUUGUUUACCAAGAUUUAGGGGUCUUGCUUUGCUUAAGAAAGGUCCUCAUAGUGAUUGCUUGGAUGAACUCAACUCUGUAGUAAAGAAGCACAAUUUAGCUCUUUCGCAGAAAUUUAAACAGUUGAAGAAGAAAUUAAGAGGUUUCGAAUACUCAUUCUUCAGUAUCUUUGAUGCUCUUAAGGAACUCUACGAAAAUCCUUCAACAUAUGGUUUCAAAGAAGCAAAGGCAGCAUGCUGUGGGUUUGGUCCAUACAGAGGAUUUGGUAGUUGUAAAAUGGCAGAGGCUUAUGAGUUGUGUGAAAAUGUGAAGGAACAUGUAAUAUUUGACUCUUAUCAUCCCACUGAAAAGGCUUUCCAUCACUUUGCGCAACUAUGGUGGCAGGGAAAUUCAAAUGUGGUCGAGUCUCAAAGUUUGAAAUCCUUAUUAGCCUAAUUAUUCGCUUGAUCUUUGUAUUCUUUAGUGGCUAAUUGUUAAAUUGUUCGUCGUUUGUGUCCUAUUUCAUUUUAUUCAUUGUUGGGCUUUUUCAAUUUAAGCUAAUUCCUCUGCAUAAAGAGCUUUAGCGACAAUUAAUUAGCAAUUGCCACUAAAUAUGUAUUUUUAGGGACAAUUAACACUCUUUGUAUGUGUUCCUAAAAGCUUUAUCAACAUUGAAUCUAAUAAUACUUAGCUAAUGCUGGUAAAGACAGUAACACUUUUUAUUAA